UCUGCCUCAACUAGUACGAAUACUCUCACUCACCCAACUCUUUGGGUGCAAACUGGAACCAACUUUUGUCAACCGUUACCGGGCCGGCUGACGAUGACGACGGAAACUCGGGAAGGGGAGGGGAGGGAGGCCACUCACUUACACCGCCGCUCUUGGAACUGCGGAUGUAAGAUCUGCCCAGGUUGCCCGCGUUCUUACACUUCCCAACGCGCAAGCGCAAGCGCAAGCGAAGCAAAGCAAAGCAAAGCAAAGCACAACAUACAAUUCUCAAAGAAGACGGGGCUUGUAUUCUCAAGAAACGCAAUUUCGUUUCCAGAGAUCACAUGCGAUGCACCUCGUAGAGAAAGCUCCGCCUUUGCGCAUACAUACAUGCCUCACAUACAUGCUGCUGCUGCUCCUGCGUAUGAUGGGGAGGGGCCCUCUAGUGUAGGCUCUUGGAGAUGCACUCACUCCCCCACCCUUGAGGAGAAAGAGAAAGACACAUACGGAGUAGAGAGAUGGGAAAAGGGAAUCGUCGCAUCGGUGAUUGAGGUUCGGCGGGGGCGAAUUUCCAACGAGAGUCGGCGCCGCUUUUCAACAUUCAUCGCCAAUGGGACAUUGUGAAAACAUGUCGAUUAAGCCGACCAUUUGCUGGCCCCCUCACCCCCCGUCAAACGUCUCUACUCCGUAGACUCUGCAUCUUGAGUGCAUCUUGGACGGAGCCAGGGCGUGCCAGGGCGUGCCAGGGUCAUAGGGUGGGAUUACAGGGGUCAUGAUGAGCCCUGCCGGAGCCCUGGACGAUUUGCCCAGUUCAGGUAGAUUCUGGAAGUCGUCCGGCUUUUGCACCAAUCGAAACUCUGAAAAAUGACAAUAAUUCGAGUCAAUCAGAAGCGGUAAAAGUAGACGGUGUGGGCG